AUGGCAAAGCUGACGUCUGCUCUCCAUGUCUUAAAGCCUGGGCGGCCGCCUCGACAUCACAGAACCGAGAAUAACCCAUACUCUGUGGUUCGAGGGCCAGGAUCUGCUACCGAAGACACUGACACUGAGCAGUCUAAGCCGCAAUCCGCUAUGGCCGUUUCUCGAGAAAUUGUGUCCGAAGACUCUGGCACUGAGGAACCCGAGCCGCAAUCUCCUCUCGACGCUCCUCCAGAACGUGCUAUCAAGGACUCUAGCACUGAGCAGCCUGCGCUGCAAUCUGAUCUCACCGUUCUUCCACAGGGUAGAUCGAUGCUGAGGUACGUUACUACAAAUUUUACAGAUGGAUCAAGUAAGGCUGACUACGACUCGGACUUAGCUUCUCCUGAACAACCGUCUGAGGAAGGACGCCGACGAGUCCAGGAAAACUUUGCAUUAGAGCGAAUCGACUCACAAUUGACGAUUACUAGGAGAUCUGAUGCUCCAAAUUCCGACGAAUCCGCGGCAGAUUUGGACGCUGAAGCUACACCUCGUCGUUCAAUACGUGGCUGGCUCGAAGCGCAAAUUUUCGAACCACGUCCUCCACACAAGGGUCAUAGCGAGAUUGAUUACAAGGCUAUUUGUCUUUCAGGCGGACUUCUUAUGCCUGGACUUUCUGACCCAUCUCUCACUCUCAAAGGCCAGCUGACACCUGAGCAGAGACAACCGCUCACCACGAAUCUGGAAGAUCCUAAGGACGAGACUCCCACACGCUGGUCAGAAGAUUACGACCAAUUCUCCUCUGGUAAACAGCGCAAGGUGGAACAAGUCUCUCUGGGACACUUCGGGCUUCAGCCUCGAAGUUGCAGCAUCAAUACUCCACUUCCACGACCCUGUCGCGAGCAGUUGAAAGCCUGGAAGCUUCGCGGGGCAAACCAAUCCGCGGAAGUAUAUCCUGGGGUGGCAGAUGAAACCGACUGUGUUGCUGCUGAAAACGCCGACGCCCAGGGUGGAAAUGCUGGAUCAACUCGGAUCGAUCGUUUUGAACCAGAUGCAGCCCACAAUGCUCAAAUUGCCAUGGAAGCUAUGCAUCGGUCUUUACGGCAAUUGGAAGAGGCUUGCCGUCAAUUUGAUUUUGAAAAUCAAGCACACCGGCGCAAUAAGAGGUGGAAGAUUGAGAGAAAUAAUCUUCUAAAGCAGGAGCUUGAUGCUGCACGGGCAGCGGUCAGAGAGCGGGAUGUAGAGAUUGAGAGAUUGUGCGGGCUGAUCCACAAUGCGAGUCAGACGUUGCGAGCUGCUCGACAUCCAAAUCCAACGAAUGGUUCCGUCCAUGAGACGGAUAGCGUCACCCAAAACCCGGUGGUGGAUCCGAUAUUCUGUUCUGGUGAGCUUGGAGAAGAGAGUGAGACCUCCGCCAUGUACGGUGUUGAUGGCCAGAAUUCGAACACUUACGACGACGAGGAGGCCGACAACACCCCACCCAGCUCUGAACAAGCCGAUCGGCCUUAA